UCCGAAAAAAGAAAGCGUCCCGCGGUGUUCGGCGUUUGCCGAUGCUCGAUCACUUUGGGCUACGCAGGAUUGAUAAGCUGAAAGAUUUGUGUUUUAUAGUUUUUUCGAUCUGUAUUGUGUUCCCUUGUGGGAAAUUGUGUAUAUCUGUCAAAUUGUUUACGAUCUUAUUUUAAUUGCAAUCGUCCAUCGAUGCAUUUGAUGCAUUUGAUGUUGUGAUAAUGGUUGGUAGUUUUACAGAGGCUUAAAUUCGAUCAAUUGGUUUAUGUUCAGUGAACAGGACUCGAUUAUUCGACAUCCUUCCAUGCAACCAACUCCGUUAAAAUAAGAACAGAAAAGAAUACCAACCAGCACGACAAACACUCCCUAGGCACCACAUCAUCAUCGAUCACUCUACGAUCGUAGGAAAGAUAGGAACAUCUAAUCGCGCAAUGUGCUGAAUUAUCGCCGCCUAAUUUCUACUCCUUUCGGUUUGAAUUUCCGCCAACGCGUGUGGUUCGCGAAUGCGUUCCUUUCGGCAAAGUGUGUUUCGGACGGAGGAAGGCGCUACAAAUUGCGUACGGUCGUGUGCCGGUGUUUAGUGUUAUUUUAUAUUUGUUCGGUACCUCUACGGUUUAAUAUGUUAGUCAGUGAAGUUCCGUAUUUGCUUCUGUGACCGUUUUGUCACGACGCUUGUGCAUUAUAUGUAUAUUGUUUAAUCGACCCACGGAAAAAGGUUGUUAUACGGUUGGACUUGUUUUUCGGUGACAGUGUGCAAUACAGCGGCCCGUACAGCACCCGAACCCCGUCGGACUAUCUCCAGGCGGCUUCCGGAAGCAAAAAUCGUUUGAGAGAAAACACAACCGUUAGACCCGAAAAAAGCGAGCAUUCAGAAGGUAGCUUUAUAGUUCGUGAAAAAAUACCAAUAGACCUUUCGUUCGUCGAUAUCCCCAUCGUCUGCUAACUAGCCUGAAUGCCAGCCUUUGCGGAAAUGUUGGUCUCACAAAGCCCCCCCGUGUACAGCCACUCGCUGCCAACCACGGACUACAAACCUGGUAGUGGGUCCCCGGGAUCACCCGGCGGUGGCAAUGACAGCACCGCAUCCUACUUCGCCAACAUGGGCAGCUACUGUCGGCCGGCUUCGCUGCACCUCACGACACAACCACAGUCAAAUGGGCCACCCCCGCUCCAGCGCCAGCUUACUCCGCCCUGGGGCCUCAGCCCGACGGGAGGUAAAGGGCCGGCUUCCCCGAGGCGUUCCUGCUUGGUGGUGCGUCCCGACGAUCCGACCACACCCGAGGAACCGGAACCGCCCAUCGCCGUAGACAUGAUACCAGCGGUGGAGGCAACGGAUGCUGCGACGAUGACACUUGCCAGCGAGAUCCCCGCCAAAAGCAAAAAGAAGGUCGUCUUUGCGGAUGACCACGGCCGACAGCUGACACAUGUGCGGAUAAUGAGCGAACCAUCCUACAUGCCGCCGAUCUGGAGCCUGCAGUUUCUGGCCCAUGUCACCCAGGGCAUGAUCAGCCCGGUACCGCAGGAGCAAUGGGUGGUCGAUUUCGUGCAGCCCGCCAGCGACUACGUGCGCUUCCGGCAGAAGCUGGACGAGCGCAACGUAUCGCUCGAGAACGUGAUCAUCAAAGAGACGGAGCAGCUGAUCGUCGGCACGGUGAAGGUGAAGAAUCUCUCCUACCACAAAGAGGUCAUCAUCCGCUCGUCCUGUGACAGCUGGAAAACGCACGAGGAUACGUUCUGCACCUACAGUGUGGUUGGCAACGGAGCUGUUUCAGCCUACCUUCUGUAUGACACAUUUGCCUUCAAGCUUACUCUUCCUCCUAAGUCCAGACGGAUUGAGUUUUGCGCCGCAUACAAGUGCGAUGGCGUCGAGUACUGGGAUAACAAUGAUGGUCGUAACUAUUCCUUGACGAACCGCAUUGCCCCACGGGAGGACUCCGGAGCGUUCCUAUCGUCCGCCGCGGCGUACAGUAGUGGUCAUAAUGGGCGCAAUGGCACAACGACGCCGACCGGUGCCUUCAGGUCGCCUUACGUCGACUCCAGUGCUCCUCUGGACACCUGGACUGACAUGAACGUCGAAUCACAAACGGGGCCCUACUGUACGGGUGACUGCUCGCUGGACCGUUGUGCCGGGCAUGAUCAGACGGUGCCGGACGUGGACGUCGCCCCAGGACCACCCCGCCAGCAAAUGAAGCCGAUCGGGUUGAAUCUGUCGUAUGAGGAGGGUACUCGUGGGACGCACGUGGCGAUGGCGGGCGAUCGCCGAGCCAGCACCGGCGCGGAUACCUGCACCCAUCCGCCGGUCAGCAUGAAACCGAUCGUGCCACUGGGUCGCAGUGCCAGCAGUGGCAAACUGUACUACAUACGGGAGCGGCACGAGGGCGAAGAUCUGCUUGCCAAUUUGCUUCGCCUGCGCAACCUUAUGUUGAACCAGAAUGUGCACACGUGAACCGGGACUCGGACGAAGACAAUUAACGGAUCAGCCGACCGGUGCACCGUGUUCACCAUACGGUUUGUCAUAUCCCUUUCAUGAGGUGGCACGAUUGUGGGAUGACCGCAAUGGGUGGGUUUUUUGUUUUUAAAGUGAUCAAGUGUAAUGUUGAGUACGAAAGCGACACGAUUCGUAUCGUUCGUUGGCCUCUUAUGUUUGAUGUAGAUAACGUGUGAUGAUUAACUCGCACCGUAGCAGCUGCUCCUUUCACUGUCGUUAGGGCCAAGGGAGGACACUACCGAAGAAUACUCAAAAGCUAACCGAACCAAUCAGAGCUGUCGAGUUCCACGGAGGGAUGGUUAAAGAGAUUUGUUGGCGGUUUUCUUUGAAAUAUAUGUUCACCUCUAAUUAGCAGCAAAAAGAAACGUACAAGGGAAAUUGCAAUACAAACAUCCUUUCCACACUGGUCCAGUUGAACACAAUAGGUACCAAAAACAUACUAAAGCCAUGUGGGCAGGACGGAUCAGAGAGCGGAUUUUGCGCGAGUGAUAAAGCGUUUGCCAAGCAGGCGGCGCGUGAUAAGGAAUCGCGAUCGGAUAGAUCGAUUUGUCGAAUCGACACUGGAGAGGAAGAAGCAACAUGAGCAUAAAUAGCAACAGAACAAACAUUAGUAAUUUAAUAAUCAUAUAUUUACAUACGGCAACUAAAAGACUGAUUAUGUCCACAAAAUAAAUUUAUUCUAGGACAAUGUGUGUGUGUGCCUUUCGAUUCGGACGCGGAUGGUCUAUGGGAGCUCUAUCUGAUUAUUUUUCAUAAUCGUAGAACAUGAGGGCGAGGGAUCUGGCUUAGAACGGAAUAUUUAAGGUGUGCAAAAUUAGUUUUCGGGCGAAAUCAACGACGAUUCGACAUUAUAUGUACCUUUUACAAAGCAUUAGAAAUUGAUUGAAAAAAUAAUAAAUAUACACACACACACACACACACACACACACACACACACACACAUAAAUCGAGCGAUCGAGAACUUAAUAAUAGGAGUUUAGCAAUUCAAACAUAGAAAACACCGUGGACACUAGGGAAAGCCGCUUCGUGGCUUCACUAAUUUAUGUAUAUAAUUUCUACAACCGUUCGAAAGUAAAGAAAGUCAAUAAAUUUUCCUUUUCAUGUAA